GCGGCUAUUUCAGUGAAGAAACUCUCAAGUGCCAACACCUCCGACAACAUGACCUCUCACCAUUAACACUUCAUCCGAGGAUUAACAUUGUCCGCGAGUGUAUCUAUUGUCAUAUAAUCCAAAGCUGGCCAAAGUGAAAAUGAAUUUCAAGUGCUUUCUGGUGUUUCUGGCAAUUGCCAUCUCUUGUGUCGUGGCUGAGAAGAAGACUGACGACUACGUACUCUCCACACAAAAUGACUGUUACACAUCCAAGAAGUUCUUUACCUGCCUCAAGUACAGAACUGUACGAUAUAUAUGGGCAAUUGCCACCGGAAGGAUGAAUCUCUUUGAUCCUGAUACAAAUCUCGAGGCUGGCAAUAGUCUAAGGCUAGUUCAGCUGUCGGUACCAGAGAAAGAGGAACUCUUCUCUGAACCCAGGCAACUGGCAGAUGACACCGAGUGGUUGAAAGCUGUGAAGUUUUUUAAGAGAUCCGUCAACACAUUUCUCAGUUUCCACGGAAUUGGACUUGGAAUUGACAAUGAAAAGGGUGCUCGUUUGAUUGCCAGUGAGGAAGGGGAUGCCUCAACUUCAGAAGGACGUCGAAUCAGAAGGAAGAAACUCAAUUUGAUAUUCCCUCUGGCGAUUCUUCUGAAAUUGGCACAUCUCAAAGUUCUACUCAUACCCAUUCUCUUGGGUAUUGGGUUAAUUCAAGUCCUGUUGAUUGCGGGUGGUGCUCUCCUCUUCCAUUUCCUGCGGAACAACACACUCUGCAAAGUACAGCCUCAUCUAAUUCACUCGCACAGCCACGUGACGGAAUCAGGGCCAGAGGUCAGCUACAAUUCUUACCAAGGCUACAAUCCCUACGGACCUCCAUAUGGAGGCCAUAUAGGUUACAACAAGGAUUGGGCCACGAAUCGUGCCUACAAUGCCUACAAUAUUGUGCCAGACGUGGAGAAGCAAUAAAUUUUCAGGUGGUGCCAGCCUGAAAGCCUCUCCUUCGACAUCCAUUAGUUUAAGUAUAAACACGCGAGAAGUCUCGUUUUUAUUGCACCCUUUUGCUUUCUCUAUUUAUUUUUUAUGUCCAUUUUUUGUGCAAUUACGAAACAUUAAUUAAAUUAUAAUCAUUUAUUGUCACGGCUUAAACAACUACCUAUAAAGCAAUUUUCCUAUCACCCUUUUUCUCCUCCUACACUAAUUUAACCCUCACACGCCAUCAUUAUCCCCAACAAUAUAAUUUUCUGUAUAUUGCCAAGCACACACACAUUCGCUAAGACAGAGAAAAGAAUCAACAAUGAAAUAAAAUAAGCUUAUGAAAAAGUCGUGAGAUA